AGAGCCGUGUUCGAGGUUCAGCGGGAUUCGUUCCCAUCCAUUUCUUUCUUUCUCUCUACACUGUUUUUCUCCUCUUGCCAUGUCGGCGCCAAAAAUUAUCAUCCAGAUCCUCGUCACAGGCGCACAGAUAUUCGGCAAGGCUUUGUUCGAAGCUGGGAGGCAAGCUGUCAAAAAUGCCAAACAUAGUCCACAGGGCGCGAUUGCGAGUGAUGUUGCGGGUGUACGAAAUGCGACGUCGGGGUCGGUGACGGAUAAACUUACCCGUGAACAUCGCAUGACGCUGGACGAGGCGCACCUCAUUCUUAAUGUCAAGCGUGGAGAGAUGUUGGAGAGUGUGAUGAAGAGCUACGAGCAUUUAUUCAAGGUGAACUCGCCACGGCCGGCCCCAGCGCCCGAAGCUGGUGCGACAGGACGCGCAGGAAAGCAGGCAGCGCUUCCUUCACAUUCACAUUAUCUGCAGUCCAAGGUCGUACGAGCGAGGGAACGGAUAGAGGCGGAGAUGAAGAUCGGUGCAGAGGAUGCUGCAGCUGGGGAGGGUGUCGGUGCGGGAGCUGGUAAUGCAGCAAGUGGGCCAAGUACUGGCGCGGGGACGGGUGGAGGUGCGAGUUAGCGUCGGGGCGCGUCAGAGAUGGACGGGAAGUUGUGCAUGGUGUUGUAUUGAGUAUACUAAACAUACUAAACAUUCUAGAGACCAGAGUUGUCGUUUUUGCCAUCCCCAUUCACUCACUCACUGCUCAUUGAUUUAUUUGUACAUGGUUCGUAGCAUGAUGACAUAUCUUAAUGCAUGGCUUGAUAUCAU